AUGGUCAUGGACGUCGCUCGUACGUCCAUGAUGCAUGCGGCUGCCCCCCAUUUUCUGUGGCCGUUUGCGGUUCAGUACGCCGCGCAUCAGCUCAACCUUCAGCCCCGGGUCUCCUUGCCAGAGACCUCCCCCUCCUUGCGAUGGACGGGGAAGGUUGGCGAUGCGUCUGCGUCUCGGGUCUGGGGAUCUCGGGCGUUUGUCCGCGACUUGUCUGUAGACAAGCUGUCCCCCUGUGCUGUUCCCUGCGUCCUCCUUGGCUUCCUCCCUGACGCACCUGGUUGGCAGUUUUACCACCCCAUCUCGCGCCGUGUUCUGUCCUCCCAGGACGUCACCUUUGACGAGUUGAUGCCUUACUACCGUCUCUUUCCCUACCGCACUGCGCCCCUCCCCCCGCUGCCGCACUUCCUUGCGCUAAGUCUCCCCCCCGUAGACCCCCUCCCCCCUCAAGGUCCUGCCCCCUCAGGUGUGUCCCAGGUAGAAGCAGUCCAGCCAGUCGAGGUAGCUGUUGACUCUGUUGCUGCUAGAGGUUCUAAGCCUGCGGGUGCCGGGUCUGGAGGUGCUAAGUCUGGGGGUGCUGAGACUUGGGGUGCUGAGUCUGGGGGUGCUGAGCCUGGGGGUGCUGGGUCUGGGGUGCUGAGCCUGGGGGUGCGGAGCCUGGGGGUGCGGAGCCUGGGGGCGCUGGCCGUGAUGUUGGAGCUGGAGUUACUGCUGUUGGUGCUGGUCCCGGAGGUGCUCUUCCUGGCGGUCCUGGAGCUGCUGGGACUUGGGGUGCUGCUGGGUCUAGUGGAGUUGGUCCUGCUGGAGCUGCUGGCGGUGCUGGUGCAGCAGAAGCUAGAGCAGAUGGGGGUGUUGGCGCUGGAGGUGCUGCUGGCGCUGGUGCUUCUGAGGGUGCUAGAGUUGGUGAUGUUGGAGCUGGAUGUGCUGCUGGCGCGGGAGCUGCUCGGGGGUGUUGGCGCUGGUGUUUCCGCUGGCGCUGAGUCCUCUCUUCCUACUCUUGCUGACCCGGAGUCUGACUCUCUUCGUGCUGCCAGUCCUUCUGUCACGCGUCUCCUGGCUACUGUUAUCACUGACCCUUCCUUUGAGUCCACUGCUUCGUCUGCCCUAGUUGCUGAGCUUGUAGACUUCGCUGCUUGCUGUCGUCUAGACUACGCUGCUAGUCUAGUUGCUGGGUCUGAGUCUGUCUAUCCUCCGUCCAUCGGGGGUGAGUGUGCUCUUAGCACAGACGUCUUUGAGGACAGGCAGGAGGAGUUCCAGUACAUCCCAACUCCUCGAUCGUACGCUGAGGCGAUCAAGGGUCCCUACUCCUCUCAGUGGCAGUCGGCCAUGGAUGCAGAGAUGGAUUCGUGGAAGUCCACAGGCACCUACGUUGACGAGGUUCCCCCACCUGGGGCGAACAUCGUCAGUGGCAUGUGGAUUUUCAGGGUGAAGCGGCCGCCGGGUUCUCCGCCUGUCUUCAAGGCGCGUUCGUGGCUCGAGGCUUCAGUCAGCGAUAGGGAGUUGACUACUUUCAGACCUUCUCAUCCCACCUAA